AACUCUCUCCUCUUCCCUCCUCUCUGAUUGAUUCGUCGCCGGAGAGAGUACGUACUGGAGUUGUUCCGGGAAGAAGAAGAAAUGGGAGACGGAAGAGAAGGAGAUUGGGAAUGUUUAGGAUGUAAAAACAGGAAUUACGCGUUUAGAUCAUUCUGCAACAGAUGCAAGCAGCCUCGUCUGUUCAUGGAUAACAAUACUUCUCCAAACUCUAAGUGGCUUCCUCGUAUCGGAGAUUGGAUCUGCACUGGUUGCACUAACAACAAUUAUGCAUCACGAGAAAAGUGCAAAAAAUGCGGGCAACCUAAGGAAGUAGCUGAAAUGUCAGCACUUGCAAUCCCUGGAGCUUCUCUUCAGACUCAUCUCCACUACUUCACCCGUGGACCUCAGCCAAUUGAUCAACCUGGUUCCUUGCUCGCAUUCCCUAAUCAAGCUUCGGUUCUUAACGAAUGGAGAAACGGUGACUGGAUCUGCAGAUGUGGUUUUCAUAAUUAUUCCUCUCGUAUACAGUGCAAAAAGUGCAAUGAAACAGCUCCACUAGCCCUUGGAACAAAGAGAUUAGCAUCAGAAGCUUUGGCUCAUGAAUGGGAUAGCAAAAGACUGAAUCAAGGAUAUACAAGCAUGCAACCACAGUUAGCAAUAUAUGCAUCUUUACCUGGUACGAGCCCUGGCAGGAUCUCAAAUUGGCAACUCCCUCUUCCAUUUCUACAGCAACAUUCAACACCUGCUUUACUUGGGAAGGGAGCAAAACAAUGGCGUGAUGGAGACUGGAUGUGUACAAAUUGCAAGAAUCACAAUUAUGCAUCUCGAUCAGAGUGCAAUAGGUGCAAGACAAAACGAGAAAUUCUUGAUCAGGACCAACACAAUCUUGAAGAAUCAUGAAGAGUGUUCUUUAGUGGCAUAACACAGUGUAUCUAUAAACCACUCAUUAAAUUUCUCAAUCUCUGUUUGCUUUUGUUUCCGGUUUGGCUACUCAAAAACUAAACUUUAAUACAAACCUCAAAAUGUUUGAAAAGUUGAGAAACCUUUUUUAACCC